CAAAAGACUUCUUUAGACCCAUUAAUUUUACUUAACGGACAUGUAGCGUGACCGGUUAAUUAUGCUAAUCAUAGACGAGUGAACUCUGCAACCAACACAGGAGCGGUCUUAAUCUCGUCUAGAGAACAACGAGUGUACUCACUCAUAUUUAGUAAUGGUUGAUGCUUGGAGCUGGGAAUGGAUUGGCAGAAUUUAGCAGYUAUUUGUCUCUACUUUAUAAUACAAUGUAAUUAUUCAGAGGGCCGAGUUAUUUUAGACAGAGACAGAGACAUAACAACUAGAGGAAAGACAUUUCAAGUUGACUGUAGUACAGAGGGUGAGGGAUUUGAUGGAUGGUAUGACAAGGAAGGCAAGAAGAUCACUUCCACUGCAAUAUUUGAGAAGAUGUACGUAGCCAGUUAUAAGAACUUACAUUCUCUAUACGUGCAAAAUGUGAAAGUAGCCGAUGGWGGGAACUACACUUGUAAAGGAACAAAGAACAGUAAAAUCUUUGAAUUAUAUGUCGAGUUUUAUGUUACUAAAUUCCCAAGUUCGAUUAAAAUGAAUGCAAGUGAAGACGCCAUCAUACCUUGUUCAGCCAUUGGUUACCCUCCUCCCAUCUAUAGAUGGUACAAAGACUGGCAGACAGACGAGAUAUUCAACUCUAACCGUCAUACCAUUUUACCAAAUGGCUCUCUUUUGAUAAAGAAUGUAAAAGUCGAAGAUUCUUCAAACUAUACGUGUCGGAUUAUUCAACUCGCGAAAAACAACAGACCUAGAGAGGAACGAAAACAUGUCCAGGUUAUAGUGUAUGGUCCUCCAAUACUGGACACUGCCAAGUCAACAACUCGACCAGUGUAUUCCUACAAGGGCAAYAAAAGGAUUGUUAUCAUCUGUAGAUGGCGGGGUUCUCCUGUCCCUAAAAAAUCUAUUUCCAGACCCCAUGGCCGUGGUUUACUCAAAGAUACCAAAACCUCAGGUCGUACUAUAUUUGGAUUUAUACUUACUGAAGAUGAAGAGGAUUUUGGCGAGUAUGUGUGCAAAGCUAGCAAUUUCCUGGGUGAACGGAAACAUACAGUCAUUGUUAAGGAAGCAGAUAACCCCCAGGCACCAUCGAAUAUCUCAACGGUUUCACAUUGUGGCUAUAUCACAGUUCAUUGGAAUAAGCCAGUGUUUGACGGCGGUUUAGCCAUCACACUUUACGAAAUAGAGCUUCUCGAGUCGGGUAUUUCAAAGGAUGACGCGACGACUGGUAGUAAUAGACGAUGGUAUACGUUUAACAGUGGAAUCGUGAAACCAGCGACGCAGUACACUGUACGAGUAAGAGCAAGCAAUUCUGCCAAAGAAGGACUGUGGGCCGUCUUGCAGAUUACCUCUGAUAUAUGUCCCCCAAGUGGUAAAAUCAAAAUAACCAACCGUCACACUGUCAUAAACACGACGAGUUUUACGUUGACGUGGACAGGUCCAGCUAACAACGGUGGAGACUCAAGCACUAACUAUGUCAUAGAAUACAGUAAAGUGGACAAAUAUGGAAAMUAUGUGCACUGGACGACAAUCAAGAAUGUCAGCGGUAACGCACUUAACAUUACAGGACUUGAUGGAGGGUCUAAGUACAAGUUUCACGUCAUAGCGGAGAACAAAAGAGGGCGUACUGAGCCUGGAGAGAAAGAGUUUGUAAUUACAGAUAGUGCUUCAACACAGCCACCGCCUGCAGAUAAACUAAUGUACGUCGACCCAGUCUACGACAUAAAAGUCAACUGUACUUCACUGGCUAUCCAGGUCGAUCUUGCUCUCAGGCAAGUCCCUAACGCCAAACUUGAGUCAUUCCGUCUUAGAGAUGAAUCUUGUAAACCAGUUGGACAUACUUCCAGUCACGUCACCCUACGUACCAGACUUGACGGAUGUGGAACAACCAGUAAGCACUACAACGAAUCCGUCACGUACUACAACAGCGUGAUAGCACGUGUAGUGCAAUCUAAGUCUAAAAUGCACAUUAUCGAGUUUCCAUUCAGUUGCACGUUCAUCAMAAGGAGGACAAUAGGAACACCAAGUUUUCAAGUCGCGAAAAAAGUGUCUGUUAUCGAAGAGGGUUUUGGUAACUUCUCCUUCGAAAUGAAUCUUUUCAAAUCAGCAUUAUUCAAACAAGCCUUCGAUGUGUCAGACUAUCCAGUUAGUGUUCCUAUCACUAAAACACUCUUCGCACAAACCAAGCUGCUCUCGACUGACAAAAAUCUSGAGGCCUUAGCAUACACGUGUUUGGCAACGCCCUCUGCAGACCCACGUGACGAACUACAGUAUUUGUUCAUCGAGAAUGGGUGUGUUCUUGACACGACGGUAAAAUUUAAGCCAAUUCCCGGAGUUACUCAGAAGUUUCAGAUGUCACCAUUUAGAUUCAAAGAUAAAUCGAAUUCCAUUGUAUAUAUCCACUGUCACRUUCUGGUUUGCCAUAAAGAUGACGUACAUUCACGCUGUCGUAAAGGUUGUAUUCCCAAAAAAAGAACAGCUAGAGAUGUCACGGUGUCACGCCACUCAUCGCUCCAUCGUAUUACGCUAGGACCUAUCGAAGUGGAAACUGCGACUAAAACAGGUAUACUUAAUGCCGACAAGAAGACAGGUCUCAGUUUAGGGCUAUUGUUAGUGGCCAUAUUAGGUACACUUAUUGUCUGUUUAGUUUUGUUUGUAGCCUUGGUGUACGCUUUACGUCAUGCGGUUGUCGGCGGCGGACAAAGUGGUGGAGCAGCCCCUGAAAGAGAACCUUUAGAGAUGUCGGAUGUGCAAACUUAAUGUAUUCUUUUUAGAAGCCAUGUUAAUUUUAAAUUGUACAAAAUAUAUUUUAGCAAAAUUACAAUAAAAUGUUUUUACUUUUUUA